GGCUGACACAUGAAACGGAAUUUAUUGAGCGCCGUAUAAAAGGAAGUUUUGAACAGCACGCGACACUGCACUGAACUUCCGCGCAGACGAUAGGAAAUGUAAUUCACAGACGGUGGAAAUUAAUGCGCUCUGCUGGAAAAUCCUACAGAAAUCAUGCUAAGCAAAGCAAAAAUAUUUGCAGCUUCAUAUUUAUUAAUACUUUUGGCUUUCCAGUUUCCGCUUUCUGAACAAAAACUGGAUCGCAAUACACUUAAAAAUGGGCGCAUAAUAAUUGUUAAAUGUUGCGGGAAGUACUUAUGCACUCCAACCAAAAAUACACAAAACAGAACUACAAAUUCAAAAAUAUUGACGACUUUGAGGAAAGGAAUGAAGCCUACUGCCUUAGAUACAGAAAGCCAACAAACCUUCAGUUCUACGGAGAGUGGAUUUUCUGAAAUGAUCAACAUUGAUUCUGGAGAGACAAGCACCGAAAUGAUUGACACGUCAACACUGAGCAAAGAUGCAGCAAGUGGGUUUACAGCUGGAAUGCCCAAUGUUGAUGCUGGUGGCACAAAUGCCAACAUCAUUGACUCAACUUCAGCAUUUUUGGAUCAAAGAACUUCUGACUUAGGAAACCAGAGUGGCCUUAACGAAUCUUUGGGUCCAUUGCAAGUUGCUCAGCAGCAAUCAGGGUCUUCUCUCAAGGAUGAUCUGAGCACAACAUCAUCCCAAUAUUCGUCAUCGAUACAACCUGUGGAACAAUUAAUUACAACCCUUUCCCCUAUGGAAACGCUGCAACCACCGACAAAUCCACUUCAAUCAACAAAUACAACUUCAAUGUCAUCAAAACCAGCAGCAAAUCUGAUGCCAACAACAGCAAUAAAACCUAUUACAUCAACAGCCAAGCCAACUACAGUAAAAAUGGGAACUGUUUGCUCGCAAGAUAUACGAGUCAGCAAAAAUGAAUCUCUCUUUGAUGCAAGUGGAAAUCUAAUAAAUCCAAAGAGUUACGGAUUCUGGAUGACAAUUAAUAACGAGCUUUAUUUGUGGGGACGGAGAAUCGGAACUUGGCUUGAAAACGCUGGCAUGUGCUUUGAUUUAGAGAUGCAACCGGUGAUUUUCAACACGGAAACUACAUUCGCUCUGUUCGAUAAAAUGGCAGGAAAAUGGAAAUACAAUGUCAACUAUUGGAUGGGGGCUAGAGGGACAAAGGGAAAGUAUUCCUGGUGCGCUGAAAAUCCCCUGCCGGUUAAAUUCGGGUGGGGCUUGAAUCAGCCGGAAAACCAGGAAUGCGUCUACAUGAAUUUCAACAGACACAAAAAAUCGGCAAAUUUCUUCACGGAAACUUGCAAGUCGUUGUUUUUUAUGGCGUGCAAGGGAAAACCCACGCCGUCCCCAGCUCCAACAAAGCCACAAAUUGAGCCAUAUGACUGCAUAAAGGAUGACUCUCUGUUUGUAGCAGAUAAAGGUGGCUGGUCAACUGGAGUUUUGAAAAAUCAAGACAAACUGGGCGCGUGGACGUCAAUCGCUGGCAGACUCUUUUUGCUCAGCAACAACCUCGACCAAAAAACAUACAAAGAAGCUAUUUCUGCGUGUUGUGCGAUGGGCUUGGAGUUGGUCAACGUCAACCAAAACCAUUUCUAUCAAAAUCUAGCGCCCAAUAAUAAUGGCAAGUUCUGGACGGCGGGCACCGACCAAGGCAGCGAGGGCAUUUUCGGAUUCGCCCCUGACGCGAUCCUUAUUGACAAAUCCAUCCCUUGGGCUGAUGGACAACCAGACAACAAAGGCGGAAAUGAAAACUGUGCGUCUGUCACGAUGAACGGAGGCAAAGCCACGUUCAUGGACGACGAUUGUGGCCUUAAAUUGAGGUACAUUUGCACCGCACAGGACGCGCGCCUGCAACUCUCGGCAGGCAAGCAAAUGCAAACCGAGUGUGCCACGAUCUUCAACAUUGACGAGAGUAAAAUCAACGCAUUACUCAAUCAGGACGUGGGAUCUUUUUCAAACGACUUUAAAUGUUUCUUAAAAUGUAUGGGAGAAGUAUCAAAAAUGUACGUCAACGGAAUAUUGGUGGAAAACAAAGUUUUACGCAUGAUCGAAGCCAUGUAUCGCGGCGAUCCUACAAAAAUGAAAUCCUCGAUUGAAAAUAUGGACAUCUGCGCCAAUCUUGCUGGUUCAAGUGAGUGUGAUCGAGCGGCGAAAAUAGAGAAAUGUGGUAUAGAAAAAGAUCCAAAUUUGGUUGACAAUUUGAUACAAGCGUCGUCAGUUUCUGCAAUGGAAAGGAAUGAUAUUAUUCUUGAUCCGAAAAUCCCUUGGUGCCCGGAAACGGCGUGCGACGUUGAUGAAUUCAAAAUGAUAAAUUUCAAAAAUGGAAAUGUUCCUAACAAGGUCACGGUUUGUGGAAAGACAUAUCUAUAUCUGCAGGCUCAAGUUGGAAAUAAAAUGGACUUUAAAAGUGCAGUUACUAUUUGCUGUGCUUACGGCCUGAAAGUCUUGAACUUGUUGAGCGCCACCGAGUUCAAUUGCUUUGAAGCGUCAGCUUUUGCCAAGAGUCUCGGUAAGAAAUCCGUUCACACCGGAGUGUCCGCGAUAAUAUCACCGACUGGAAAUAGAUUCAGAAACUGCAUGGACGGUCAGAAACCUUUCACCGAGUUCCAAAAAGUGUUCAUAGAGCCAGGCUCGUCUCAAGUCAAAGUCUUGAUAAAUGGAGCUUCCAGCAGAUUCAUGCUGAACAAUACCAUGUCAGAAGUUAUUUGCGAGGAGUAGAAACUGGUCAUUUCCAAGCAAUACAAAAAUAAGCACAAUUAUCGUCAAAAAAUAAACAAACUUGAGGGAGUUGAAGAAAUAAUUAAUUCGUUUUUAUGUCAACAAAAUACUUAAUAAGAAAUUUGAAUUUGACAGUA